UUUUCGCGGGAAUCAGGAGGAAGUUAUCAGAACCGUUUUAUCAGGGUCUGACUGCUUCUGCAUAAUGCCGACCGGAGGUGGCAAGUCUCUGUGCUAUGAAAUUCCUGCGCUGAUGAAACCGGGUGUCGUCAUCGUCGUCUCUCCGCUCAUUGCGUUGAUGCAGAAUCAAGUGGAGUCUUUAAGGAAGAAGAACAUACCUGCGGAGUAUCUCUCGUCAUCCAUUUCUGCUGCACGGCGGGCAAAUAUUCUCGCCGAUCUGGGGAAUGGACGGCCAGCACUGAAGCUGCUGUAUGUUACCCCAGAGGCAGUGGACACCCACACCAUAAUGAGUGUCUUCAAGAAGCUCCACGACAGAGGGCUGCUGAGCCUCUUCGCUGUGGAUGAGGCUCAUUGCAUUUCGUCAUGGGGGCAUGACUUCAGACCUGCAUAUCGUAAGCUCUCCUCUCUUCGACAACGGUUCUCCAACGUUCCAAUCCUCGCUCUCACUGCCACGGCUGUUGCAAAGGUGCGAGAGGACAUUGUGUCGUCUCUCUGCCUUCGCAACCCCACAACCCUGAUCUCCUCCUUCAACAGACCCAACAUCUACUACGAAGUGCGCUACAAGGACCUCAUGGACCCGUACAAGGACUUGCGGGACACCCUGCUGGCGUCGAAGCAGCAGUGUGGGAUCAUCUACUGCCACUCCCGCAGCACCUGUGACGAGCUGGCCUGCUGGCUCACCCGCGAUGGGCUCAAAUGCAAAGUGUACCAUGCAGGGCUCUCCACCGCAGCUCGCACAGAAGCACUGGAUGACUGGUCACGAGGGAAAAUCCCCAUUAUGAUUGCCACUGUCGCCUUUGGAAUGGGCAUUGACCGUGGGAUAGUGCGGCUGGUGUGCCACUACUCCCUCCCCAAAUCCAUUGAGGCCUUCUACCAGGAGUCGGGGCGAGCAGGCAGGGACCAGCAGCCCUGCCGGAGCAUUCUGUACUAUGGCGUGCAGGACAGACGGACUAUGGAGUUUAUAAUCAAGAAGGAUGACGGUGCACGGGGUAAAGGCCCACCACAACCUCAGCGAGUCAAGAACGCAUUGGAUGCCUUUCAAAAGAUGGUGGACUAUUGUGAGCUCCUGUCAUGCCGCCGAAUGAAGCUGCUGACGCAUUUCGGAGAGACAGCCACCCCGAGGCUGUGUGCGGGCGGCUGUGAUGUGUGCAAGACGCCACACACUGUCAAGAUGGCUCUGCAAGAGCUUCGGGAGAGUGGUGCUGUGGGGGGCAGCGGUGGUGGUGGUAUGCAGCAGAGAGUUCACAUGGGCAGGCCGCCGCUGUCUUCCAAAUUGAAGGAGCUGGUGGAGAGCGAGUUCUGGAAGAGGGAUGAUGAUGCGGAGGAGGAGCCUGAAGAUAGCAUUUCUGGCUCUGAUGGGGAGGAUGAAGCAUCGGAGAAGAUUGCUCGAGUGGAGAGGAGGAUGGGCAAGAGGCCCUCGUUUGCCAGCAAGAUGGACGCAAUGAGCCGAGCUGAGGAAGCAUAUAACUGCGAGCAUGCAGCACCGAGAAGCAGGCUAGCAUCCCUGCGACAGCAAUUUAAGGUCCCAAGGCUAGCAAGUGGUGCCUCUUCUCCCAAUACAGGUUUCACAUCUGCAAGAUCCGUGAUGGCAGCAUCAUCCCUUUCAAAUCGGGCACCAGCUAAAACUCUUGACGCCGCCAUGGAGAAAGGCAUUCCUUGCAGCCCUUGCCAGUGUGGAAUUCUAAUAACCAUCGCUGCUACUGUUUUUUCGUUCUUUGUAAUACAGCUGGCCAACCUAGAUUUGAAGGGCCAUUCAUUGUGUCUGCUUCCUGAUGGCCUCAAGUCUAAGCAUAGCUGCUAUGCUCUCAUCCCUCCCGAAGGAAACCACAAUGGGAGUGGAUUGCAAGAGAAAUUGACUGUUAAUGUCACAGUGCCAAGAAGAGCGAAAAGGUCCCCUGUGCAGUGGACGGAAACGGCUCAUGUGAUAAUCUACGAUGCCAUAACAGCGCUUCAGCAUCCGCGAUCAUGCGAUGACGCGAAGCUUAUGGUCGUGGAGGCCGACGUUAGCGGUCUCAUGUGGAACUUCCGGUCUUUCGUCCGCGCAUUAUCGCUUGGUAUGAAGCUUAAUCGCACAGUGAUUCCAGCUCCUCGAAGACUCGGCGGAAAGCGCUGGGAAUAUGCCACGUUUGAUGGCUGUGAUGAGAAGCACCUUGGUUGCUACUUCCCGAAUAUAACCACUUGCAAGAUCCCUGACGACCUCAACUCCCCCGUUUCCUGGAAAUCUUGGAAUUUCACCUGCAAUGGACUGUGCGACGUGGACCGCUUGGCCGAAAUCUCAAACGAGAGGGUCAUAUACUUGGAACCGAUGAAUGGAGUUUAUCCUGGAUGGGGUGGAGACAUCUGGCCAUCACAUUUUUGGACGCAAAUGCGUAAUGAUCCGUUUCGCAUUUUGCGGCAGUGUGGAAACGCAGAGCUGGCAGGGUUUUUUGCUGGUUCGGGGGCACCAUUCAUGCUCCAUGCCAUUAUCAGCCAGUGGCUCUUUCAACCCCAGCACCACAUUCUUGACAUUGAAAAGGACAUAUUGAAGCAGUAUCCAGGCUGGUCCAGGCCCGCGGUGUCUCUCCACAUCAGGCGAACGGACAAGGAACAAGAAGAUCCUUUUUGGAGGCUUCAUGGUCACCAAUACCGAGGAUUGAGCAACUACACAAAUGCAAUUGAGACAUCAGCAGCGAAUCUGAGCAUGCAUUGGAACAGCCUCUUCAUCAUGAGCGACAGUCAGACUGUCAUCAAGAAUAUGGAGAGCUAUGUGGCUACUAUUUCAGAUGCCCCAUCGCUCAUGUUUGACAACUUGACUGACCGGACUGUUCUGGAAAGGGUUGGAGGGCAUGUGUAUGUCCCUGCAGACGAGAAGAAAGGCAUUCAAGAUCAUUUCCUUGCAAGCUUCUCCCUGGCAUACAAGAUCAGCGACCAUGCUAUCGGCACGCUUUCCUCGAACGUGUUUCGAGUCUUGGUGCAGCUGUUGGGAGCUGAGAGAAAGAUGGUACAGACAGAGAUGGUAGGCAUAUUGGCGACUUCAUUGGAUACCCCUGAAGGAUGGGCCGGGUAG